AUGAACGCUUUGCCAUUCAUUUAUCAACCUGACAGAGUUCUUUCUACUCUAUCAGAGGCAAAAAUCGAAGACGAACGCAAAAGAAGCCUACUGCUGGAUGAAUUUCGCAAAGCCCAAGAUUUUUUGAGUCAACUGAAUGAGAAUCGCUCAUUGCCUUUGCUGCGGGUGAAUAUAACCGAAAUUUUAGAGGAAAUGAAGCAACAUAUCAGCCAACUCGAACAGAAGGAAUACUAUAUUCUUGUUGCAGGCGAGGCAAGUGCUGGAAAAAGCAGCCUGAUAAAUCUCAUUCUGGGAGAGAGGCUUCUUCCAUCUUCCUCACUGAGCACAACUUCCACGCUAUGUGAAUUGAAGUACGGCGAGGAAAGAAAAAUUGUGGCGCACCUCAAAGACACAGAUUCGAAAACAGGCCUAACAUCGACCAUAUUUCUUGAGAAUCCAACAGAAUCUUCAGGGAAAAGCUAUCUCCAGCAGAUCUCACCUUUUGUCCACGUGAAGGGUGCAGACCGUGGGAAAGGUACAAUUUACAAAAAGGUUGAAAUCUUCUGGCCUCAUCAAUUGUUGAAGAAAGGUGUCACUAUCAUUGAUAGUCCUGGUGUUGGAGAAUCGGAAGUCAUGGACGAAGUAGUGACAGAGUAUCUUCCUCAAGCCUUUGGAUUUAUUUAUGUCAUCAACAGCGCAAACGCUGGAGGGGUUCAGAAAGACAGGCUUGUAUCUUUGCUGAGCGAACUGGGCAAGAUAUCGCGUGAAAGACAAGAAGAGUUUCCCUCCAAAUGUGCUUUGUUCGUAUGCAACAAAUGGGACCAGAUUCCAGAGGACGAAGCCGACGAUGUUAAGGCACACAUAAAGACCAAGUUAAAAGAGUGGUGGCCUGAUCUCAUUCCUGAAUCCCAGAUCACCUACAUAUCUGUAAAAAAUGCUCUCGGUGCUCAGAGCCGUGGAAAGAUUAAAACCGACUUCAUCACCCUGAUGAAUGGGAUCCGUAUUUUUGUUCUAAAAUGCAUUGAGCAAAGACAACAAACCCAACUUAUUGAUAGGAUUCGCAUAGAUAUGACAGCCCAAGCCAACGAGGUCGAAACAAAGCUCUGCGAAUUUCUCAAUUCAGAGGAUUUGGGAACACAAUUCAUCUAUCGAUUUUACGGAUCUGCUCCAUCCGUAAGUGAGCUGGACGAAGAACUGCAAGUAAUUUUGCAACAGUGGGAAGAUAAAAAUCACGUAUUUGCAAAUGCUUUUAGCUUGCCUCUUCAACGAUUUUUGGAGCAACACAAGAACUCUGCUUCUGCCAUAAGAGGACACCUAGCUGCAUUUGGGCUGAGAGAGGCCUGUGCUCACUGCAACGAGGAGUUGCAGUGGAAGGAUGAUGCAUCUGCCUUUCUUGGGUGUGGUAUGUUUGCCUCUGUGUACAAAGGGAAGAUGAGAAGACAUGGAUUCGAGCAAAAAGUAGCUGUGAAGGAUGAAAGAGAGCUUUCUUCAGUAGGACACCUUGCAGAAUUUGGGCUGAGAGAGGCCUGUGUCCACUGCAAUGAAGAGUUGCAGUGGAAGGAUGAUCCAUCUUCCAUUCUUGGGCGUGGUACGUUUGCCUAUGUGUACAAAGGAAAGAUGAGAAGACAUGGAUGCGAGCAAAAAGUAGCUGUAAAGGUUUGCAUCAAACCUUUAGACGUCGAGAAUGCAAGUCUCUUAGUUAAAGAGAUGACCCUUUUGAGACUCGAAGAGAAAUUCUAUUUCUACGCGCGCCCGUGUAUUACUCUCUAUUUGUCUUUGUUUUUAUUUAAGCUGUCGGAAGAGGAUUCCGUGAGAAUAGGUGAUGUCGGCGUUUCUAAGGAAGCAAGUAAAGUCAGCGGUACUGUUAAGGGAUCUUUUUCGUACAUGGCACCUGAGGUUUUCCAUUCUAAACUAUAUGAUUUCAAAGCAGACAUCUACAGUUUUGGAAUAAUGCUUUGGGAGAUGUGGUUUGGACGACGAGCAUUUGCUGAAGUUGAAGCGUUAAACAAUCAACAUUUCUUUAGCUUGGUGGAUCAUGGGCGUCGUCCGAAAGAUAUCAUGGAAUUGAAAAAGCCUCCACGCCGCUGGAAAGAACUUAUGGAGAGAUGCUGGGAUAGAGACCCAGAAAAACGUCCCACAGCUGACAAUUGUGAGCGAGAAAUGACUGAAAUCUGCAGUGCAUGGACUGGUCAUUAGGAAGAACCAUGUUCCAAAUUAUACAUAAAGGCUACCGUCAAUAAUUGCACAUAUACUUUGCUUAUAUCACAAGCAAGCAGACAAGUUUAAUUAGCAUUUUCGAACAUCUGUCUUUUUUUAAUUUCACAUUAAAGGGUGCCAAUGGCUAGGACCAUUCGUAUCACUAACACAAUACAAUAUUGUUACAACACAAUUUUGUUGCCAUUUUUGGCCUACAAAUUAAUUUUUACCUCGACCGCCCGCUUAACUAAGAUUACGUUUUGUUCCUCGUUGCGGAAUCAAUAAAAAGAAGGCUGUGGCAUGGCUGAACAUUACACAACAGCUUGGUAUGUCUUUGGCCAAGAUACUGGAAAGAGUUCACAGUUCUUCCUUGGAGAUAUAAGCAGGUGUUUGUGGAAAGAAGGGAAAUGACUAGUGAGUUACUGGUUUUACAGUUUAAGAUGAGUUUCAAUCAUCUGAAUGGUACCAGGUAAUUUCUUUGUACAACCAUGGAACCAUGGUAGUUUUACUCAGGGAAGCAACAAUUAAACUGCAUUUCAAUUCAUUUGGAUUUAGUUUUGAAUGGUGAGAUUUUAAUUCGGAUAAAUUUCAAAUUCGCGAGUAAACGUGACUCACGCCAUCGUCAUGCAGAUUGAUAUGUUGUAUUAUUGACUUUGUUUCUUCCCUACACGCUACAUGGAAAUCCGUCAUCAAUUUUAAGUGGCUCCAUAGCGUUGUUGGUUUGAUUAUGACAUAUGCACUGGCGUUCUUUUCAUAGAUAAUUAUUAUGUGCUUUCUGCCUACAAGAUCACUAAAAUUGACCAAAAUGUAAUAAACAAGAUUCAGACUGUUA